CGUAAGAGGAGGCGGGAGAAGAGUGGGGUCACGCGAGCGGGGCGAGAGCGAGGCCUGCGGACCCGGUUGAAAGCCUCUCUUCUGGGUUCCGUCGCCGCUCGUUCGCCGGAGAGCCGGCCCUGCGAUUGUUGGCGCCCUGUUAUCGCAUUUCCAGUAGAUUGGCGAAAUUAAAAAAAAAAUUCAAGAAACUUCUUUCUUUUGGCUUCUGAGGACAGAAUGUCGGAACUGAGCGACGAAGCCAGCGAGACGGAGCUCUUGAAUCGCAGCCUAACCAUGUGGCACGGAGAGAGCCAGGCGGCUAGUCGCCAAGACUUAGACAUACCUUUGGACCUCCACACAGCAGCUUCCAUAGGCCAGUAUGAGGUGGUGAAGGACAGUAUUGAACGAGGGGAGAAGGACUUGAAUCGGCCGAACCGCGGUGGCUGGACUCCACUGAUGUACGCCUCCUAUAUUGGUUAUGACACCGUGGUGCGCCUGCUGCUACAAGCUGGAGCAAACGUGAAUAUGUCAACCCCAGAAGGACAGACCCCGCUGAUGUUGGCAGCCAGCUGUGGGAACGAAUGUGUGGCUGCUUUUUUGCUUCAGCAAGGUGCUGAGUUGGAGACGAAAGACGUCCACGGCUGGACCGCCCUGUUUCACUGCACCAGUGCUGGCCAUCAGCAAAUGGUGAAGUUCUUACUGGACAGUGGAGCCAACGCCAACUGCAGGGAACCCCUUUGUGGAUACUCCGCUCUGAUGGAAGCAGCGGCUUCUGGCCAUGAGAUCAUUGUCCAGUAUCUUCUCAGCCAUGGUGUGAAAGUGGACAUAAGGGACAGCACAGGGGCCACCGCACGGACGUUGGCCAUGAAAUAUGGACACACGAAGAUUGUGGGGCUGAUAGACUUACAUACAGCUCCCGUGCCCAAAGUCUUCCGCAGAGGCACAGGAAAGUACGAAGAUCUGAGCUCCUCGGAUGAGUCUUACUGCGCUCCCCAAAGGCAAAGGCCUGCCCGUAAAUCCAGGGGACCCAGCAUUCACGAAGGACCUCAUGCUUUAGCCAAGAUCACAGCGGUCAGAACUGGAGGGAAGAAUCGGUUGCAUCAUGAGCAGGUCCCGCCAGAAGGCUACGUCACCUUUAAAGAUGAUGGAAGCGGCUUUGAGGGAGGGGACCUUCGUUACCGAGACGUCAUCUCCCCCAUUAACGACCAAGAUGUGGAAAGUAAUAGCAGUCGAGAAGAGAAUUUCUUCUUCACAAACGACCUGGGCAUUAUCCAGACCAGCAGCAGCAGUGAAGGCCUGGCCAGAACUGUGGGCAUCAGCAGCGAGGGCUCCUUAGAGAGCAAUGAGGACUCUGACCACGCAGCCAAAUCCUCCAGCCGAAAACAUCCCAAGAGUUCGACGAAAGGCAAGAAUCGCUAUGGCAACAGUGACGCUCACUGGCCUUGGAAAGCCAAAGCAUCUGCUCAACACUGUGGCCCAUCUAAUGACGAGACCGCCUCCUGUGCUGGACCACAGGAUCUGGCCACCUUCCUGAACCAGAUUGGCUGCCUGAAGUACUUGCAAGUCUUUGAGGAGCAAGACAUUGACCUCCGCAUCUUCCUCACUUUAACGGAGACUGACCUAAAAGAGAUCGGCAUCACGCUCUUUGGACCAAAGAGGAAGAUGACCUCGGCCAUUGCGCGGUGGCACAGCAGUGCCCGACCCCUGAGCGAUGCUCUUGAGCUAGCCUAUGCCGACCGACUAGAAGCCGAAAUGCAAGAAUUGGCCAUUCAGCUUCACAAGAGGUGUGAGGAACUCAAAGGGCUGAAAGGACAGGUGAGCCAAGAGCAGGAGCUGCGAGCGGUGGUCGAGAGUUGCCUGAUGGAGCAGGACGUGGCCUGGAGCAAUGCCCAGGCUCAACUCCAAGAAGUCCAGGCCUUCACCAGAAAUGCUGGGAUCCUCCUGGAACAGAUGCGGGCCUGCCAGGCAGAGCUGGAUUCCCGGGUCAACUGGGAGCAGGCAGCUGACCAGAGAUCGGAGAUCAGAGCACAGCUAGGAGCCAGCCCCGAAGGAUGGUCACCUACCUUGAAGGCCCUUAGCCUGCCUGAGCUGUCAGCUCUUUUGCAGGAGUGUGUGGGAGAAAUGGGGACAACUCUCUGUUCUGUCAACCGUCAUCUUGAGAGGCUACAACAUCCGGAGAAGGGCAAGGCUGUCCGCAAACAGCCCUAGCAGAAGAGGAAGCAGCAGCCGGUCCUCAGAAAGGGAGGCAGAUCCUGUGCAGCGAUUUUCGUGCGAUUCAGAAAAACUGCCUUUUUUCUUUUUUAUUCCUCUCUAAAAAUUUUCUUGUAUCAGAAGUUUGAUUUUAAAGGAAGUUUGAAGUUAAGCCAAGGCUCUGGAUUGUCCACGUCGGAUUCUUCAAAGCAUCUAAAGGCAGGACAAGAAGCAAAGGGUAGAAGAUCACCAAAGAGAGAAGCAACCUAGAACUAAGGAGAAAUUUCCUGACAGUGAGAACAAUUCACCAAUGGAAGAGCUUGCCUCCAGAACUUGUGGGUGCUCCACCACUGGAGGUUUUAAAGAAGAGACUGGACAGCCAUUUGUCAAAAAUGGUACAGGCUGGACUAUUAGAUGACCUCCAAAGUCCCUUCCAACUCUACUAUUCAUUGUUAGAUGUCUCUUUUUGGACCCCUGUAAGAAUUCACUGCUCUGAACUUUUAUGAUUCAAACACUUAUUUUAGGCAAUGUUUUAAGAAGCACCACACCAAUAUGCAGGAGAAACGCCUACAAUGGUAUGGCCGUAUUCUACAAACAGCAUCCCACACCGUUACCUCUAUCGCUUUCAUAGAAUAUGUGGCCAAGUGUGAUUAAACACACAAGGAACUUUGAGUCCGGUGCCAAAGCUCUCAGCGUGCAUGCAAAGCAACGGAGUAAUAAUGAUCAUAAUAAUGAUACCAAUAAGAGGGGGCAGUAGAGAAGAUGAUAACAAUAAUAUGACAGCCGUACAACAUUUCGAAAGCUCUGCAGAAUGCAGGAGACCAAACGGAAGCGAAGGGGGGAGCACUUCCAAUAAAAGACCAACAACCUAUAUAUUAUAUUAGACAUGACAGUACAGUGAGAAUUAGGUGCUCAGCAGAGUGAUGGCAGGAAGGAACAAAAAACUGUCUUUGUGUCUAGUUGUUUUGGCAUGCAUUGCCCUGUAGCGCUGUCCUGAGGUGAGGAGUUGAAACAAUUUAUAUCUAGGAUGUGAGGGGUCUGCAGGGGGUCUUCUCAGUCCUCCUUCUGACCCAUGCAAUGUACAGGUUCCUUCCACUUUAAUAUAGUUAUUUAGUUACACGAUCUACACAAAUUGACAUCAGAGGAAUGUGUUAUCUCUCUAUUUCGAAAGCUCUGCAAAAUGCAGGGAACCAAACAGAAGCUAAGGGGGGGAACGCUUCCAAUAAAAGGCCAACAACCUAUAUAUUAUAUUAGCAGAACUGCCAGGAAGUAAAAUUGCUUCAUCCAUCACAGUUCCUUCGCUAGCCAAAGGUUGAGUAAAUAGAGAUGGUCAAGGGAAUCUGCCAAUGCUUUAAGCUUUUAUUUUAUAUCUUUUGUGAAACAAUAAUGAAACACAGCAACAGAGAGGUAGUAGAGUUGAAGGAUAUGAAUGGGCACGGACUCACUAGAAUGGGCUUCAUGUGUGGACUUCAUGUGUGGGCUUUUGGAAUUGUGGGGGCUGAAGUCCACACGUCUUCAAGUUUCCAAGGUUGAGAAACACUGUUCUAUGUGUCCUAAAAUGGCCCCUCAAACUCUUUUGGAUGUGUUGGAGGAUAUGCCCAUCAUGGUAUAAUCUUCACUGUUCUCUGAGCUUGAUUGUUUGCAGACAGACAUUUUAUUACCCAACUAGGUAAUAUCAUCAGUGCUAGAAAGGAGAGGGGGCUUGCUCCUGUUUAUAUGCAAUAGCUUGCCCUGCCAAUGUUGAUGGAGGUGUGGUUUCUCUUUGAUUGUCCUUUGAUUGGAGUACUGUUUCCUCCUUGAUUGUUUGUCUCCUUGGUAGUUCAUCGAUUAGAUUGUUAGAGAUGACCAUCAGCCAGCAAAAGCUCUAGGUGGGAAGUGUAGUCCAGUGCACGGGGCAAAGGAACACCUUCUUUAGGUAGUGGAACUUGGAAAUGAUGUUCACUGUCUUCUUAAGGUAGAGCUUAUUUACAUUUAAGUGUCCCUGCAGAUUGGUCUUUCAGUGUCGUACAUACAUUUGUCCCUUGAACAGCAUCCACACAGAGAACCGGUUGUUCACAUAUUUGAAUCCCACCACUGGAUGUAGAACAGGCAUCUAAUUACUAUCUUGUACCCAAAAUUGCAGCCCGGUCAUUACUUUGUCUGCUGCUUGAUGAAUUGAUGUCCUCAUCUGAUUAAGAAAUAAUUGAAUUGGAACAUUUAAUCACUGAAGUCUCUAUUGAAUGUUUCUUGCCUAUGUGGACAUGUCUGGAUCAAUGAGAUGACCAUGGAUUCGUAGUCAUGAGCCCCCUUGGUUCUAUCUCCCUUCUAGUAGAACAUAACCUUCCUUGCACUUUGUCUUCACAAAUCAUCUUUCAGGAAGACUGAAACAUUUGUCUGCCAAAUAACUUAUUUUAUUUUCUAAUUUCUGGCAAAAAAUGGUGUAAUUCACGAUCAUCUAACCAUGGGCUGUGGCAAAGUGUUGUAAAUGAAGGGCAGUCGCAGACUGCUCAAAAUGCAUGUCAUAUGAGCAUGGGGGUGGGGGGCACUUCAAAACCAGGUUGUAAUUCCCAUUUUCAGAGACUUUUGUAACUUUGAAUGGUCAUUAAAGGAUAAGUUGUAAGUCGAGGACUCCCUGUAUGUGGUGACAGCACUUUUAUAUGUACAGAGAUGGAAAGACUCACAAAUUCCCACAAUGGAAGAAAGGAUGGUGAAGUUAAUGGAGUUGGCAGAAAUGGGGAAAUUGUGUGCUGUCCCACCUACCCACCCACAAACACAUAUACACACACACCACGGGUCUAAGGAGUCUUCCCAGCCUGAACUGGUAUUCCCCAGCAUCUUCUCCAUCUGUCUGCUAUGCUAAGUAGUCAACUUCUAGUGAAGCCCAUUAAGAAGGGCAAGGCUGCCUCUUUGUGAGUAAUCUCUCUGACCUUCACUGCUUCUCCCUUUUCUCUGCCCUAUGUGUUCUUGGAUCAGGGGCAGAAGGCUGUUCCUCUUUCUCAUUGCUGACUGGCUGUAGCCAUAUGCUUUCCCUGUCCUGCUGCAGCUGUGUUU